GGCGGAGUUCGGCGUCAGUCGCGCCCCGGCCGCGGCCUCUUCCGUCAGUCCGCGCCAUGCCGCGCCCGCGACGCCGCUAGCGCGGGCGUGGCCGGCCCGCCGCCCGCCCAGCCCGCCGCAAGCGGGCCGUGUGAAGCCGCGCCGUGCCGAUAUUCACUCGACGCAUCGCGACUGCGAGUUCGCCGCUAUGCUGUCCCGGGAUUCGCUCUAGGAAGCGCUGGUGUCGAAUUCGGCCGGAGCCGUCGAUGUGCAGCGUGUCGGUGCCGCGCGGCCCGGCCGCCGCCGCCGCUAAGCCUUGCUGUCUCUGCUGGUGCUGUUGCUGCUCCUGCUCCUGGGCUAAGUGGUUGGCGGCGCGCGGGCCCGACGGCGGCCCCGGCAGGAAGCCGCGCGACCCCGGCGCUUCGCCCUCCGAGCCGCUGCUCGACGGAGACGCGCCGCCCACGCUCGACGAGAUCCGCGGCUGGGGCGAGUCGUUCGAGCGGCUGAUGCGCAGCGCCGCCGGCCGCAAGGUGUUCCGCGACUUUCUCCGCGGCGAGUACUCCGAGGAGAACAUCAUGUUCUGGCUGGCGUGCGAGGAGCUCAAGCGCGAGACGGACCCCGACGCCGUGGAGGAGAAGGCGCGCUUCAUCUACGAGGACUACAUCUCGAUCCUGUCGCCCAAGGAGGUGUCGCUGGACUCGCGCGUGCGAGAGACGGUCAACCGCAACAUGGUGGAGCCGACGCCGCACACCUUCGACGAGGCGCAGCUGCAGAUCUACACGCUCAUGCACCGCGACUCCUACCCGCGCUUCGUCAACUCGCCGCUCUACAAGGCGCUGGCCCGGUUGCCCGCCGCGAACUCUGAGUGACGCCCAGUGUACAUACUAUUUCCCACUUCGACGUAAGGUAGUUAAUUAUCAUUGAACAGGUACUAAUUUUGUAUAUAGUUAGGUAAGUGACGCGCGAGAGCGAGGCGCGGGCGGUGCCGAGACGGUUCCGCCGCGCCCCUCGCCCCUUCCCCCCCGACCCUUCCCUUCUCCCCCUUCGCCCCACCACCCUUCGAAACCCUCCCGUCUACAUUGCUCGAAAGCAAUAAUGGUGGACCAAAGAAGUUUGCCAGUGAGUCAACGAAUAAAUCUGUUCAUGUA